UCCGUUCGUGAUCUUAUUCUUUAAGUAAACUUUGCAGUGCGCGUGCUGUGCCUCAAAUCGCAUCUCAGUAAACAAACCGAAUCCACUCGGAUACCACGGCGGAGGACAUACCGAAAUCGGAAAUAAAUACUUUAGCCAUAUCCGGAGCAAUAGGGUAAAUCAAAAUGGAAGAGAAAAGCGAGGUAGCAGAGUUCUUCAGUGGACGGUCGGUGUUUGUUACCGGUGGCACAGGGCUGAUGGGCAAAGUGCUCGUGUGGAAGUUAUUGACAAGUUGCCCAGACUUGAAUAAAAUAUUCGUGUUGAUCAGAACUAAAAGGGGCAAAUCCGCUUAUCUCCGGUACCAGGAAAUUAUUAAAGCUCCAUUGUUCGACGGCAUAAGGAAAAACAACAAGAAAUUGUUAGAUAAACUGGAAGUAGUCAGCGGCGAUGUUGGCAUAGACGAACUCGGUGUUACGCCUGAAUUGAAAGAUAAGAUCAUUUCAUCUGUCUCGAUCGUCUUUCACGGAGCUGCCACAUUGAACUUGGACGCUACGCUCACAGAGGCGGUCAACUUAAACACCAACGGAACAUUGCGAACGCUCGAGUUUUGCUCAGUCAUGAAGAAUUUAGUGGCGUUUGUUCAUUUUUCUACUGCUUUCUGUCACGUAGACUUGGAUUCGUUGAGCGAAGAGGUGCACAAAUCGGCUUUUGACGCUCGCAACAUAAUCAGGUUACAGACGUGGCUCAACGAACAAUCAAUCAAAAUGGUUACACCCCAUCUAAUCCUACCUCAUCCGAAUACUUACACGUUUUCGAAGCGUUUGGCCGAAGACAUUGUCAGCGAGUUCUAUCCUCAACUUCCUGUCACUAUCGCCAGACCAUCAAUAGUGACUCCUGCUUUAAAGGAACCGUUACCUGGUUGGGUAGACAACUUAAACGGCCCUACUGGUAUACUGGCAGCCGGCGGUAAAGGUGUGCUGAGAUCGGUCUUGUGUAAUCCGGAUUACAAUGCCGAAGCCGUGCCGGUGGAUUUGGCGAUUAACGCUGUAAUCUCUAUAGCAUGGAAAACUGCUACAACCAAAGAAAAACGAAACACCAUUCCGGUUUAUAAUUUGACGCAACACAAUUUAAAUCCGAUCACUUGGCGGACGGUGAUGGAAAAAGGCAAAGAAAUUGCUUUCAAGUAUCCGUUUGAACUGAUGUUGUGGUACCCUAGUGGAGAUAUGACGACCAACCGGUUUUACCACAUGUACAAAGUGAUUUGCUACCAUUGGAUACCUGCAUACUUAAUCGAUACGAUUAUGUUUUUGCUCGGCCAAAAGCGAUUCAUGUUAAGAGUUCAACAAAAGAUUCAGGACGGAUUGCGUGUGCUCCAAUACUUCACGAUGCGCAAUUGGGACUUCAAAAACGACCGACUUUUGGCCCUCAGGGAGACCAUGAACUCCGCUGAUCGUGAAAUUUUCGAUAUGCACUUUGAAACAAUGGACGUCGAAAGUUACUUUACCAACUGCAUCUUGGGUGCUAGGCAAUAUUGUCUCAAAGAAGAUCCAGCCAGUAUACCGAGGGCUAGAAAAACGCUUAAAGUGUUGUACGUGCUGGACUUGAUCUUCAUCUACUUGAAGUACGCACUAGUGGCCUGGUUGUUUUACAAACUGUACUCGGUGGUUAACUCUGCGUUUUAAGUCGUUUCCCAUAGUACACUUAUCCCGCGUUACCUUAUACUGUACACACUGUACCUAUACUUUAUUAUUGUUGUUUGUUUGUUUUUUUUUUAAGGAUUUUCUUUUUAUUGACGAUUCAUAUUCUACCGAAAUCAUUACGCCUCGACCGUUCUAUCAUCAAAUCGGAUUCUUAGGCUUUUACAAUUAUUUACUAAUAAGUAUUUACUAAUACCGUCAUCAAAUCCAGACAUCUGCACGUAGUUUUUUUGUUAAUAGUAGAUUUUUUUAUUUCACUUCUUGUAUUUCUUCUCCUUUCUCUGAACCACCACUACUGUACUGCACUGCCUUCGAAAAUGACAAAAAGCCGUUCUGACUACAACACUAGGUAUAUGUAUUCAUAACGAUAUGCGCCCCGUCUCGUCGUCGCACCCCACGACACCCAAAGAGAAGAACACGCGUUCCGGCCGCCCCUUGAAAGUAUUUAAACGCAUUGUUCGCGCUCGCAUAUACAGAAGAAAGCAGACAUCACAAGUGCCUUUUAUAGUAAUAUACAGCCAAGCAUCUUUUGUUCGUUCGACCACUUGCUUCGGGGGGUACUCGCUAUACAGUACAUAUAUAUUAUAUUUCGCCGGCUUUUGCAAAUGCGAUAUAAAAACGGUAGACGAGAAAAAUAUGUACUCUCUAGCUGAAAAAAAAAUGUCCAUCACUUAAGGUUCAUUAUGGCGGCCAAAUACGCGACGCUGCGCUGUUUGGAAAAGUCGAUACAAAAACAUAUGAAAAGGGGUAUAAAGUAAACUGUUUUCUUGAUGAAUGUUUAAAGUGAUUAAACGAAAUAAUGGGAGAAAUGACCUUCGAUCAUAAUUUGGUAGAAGAAAAACUACUUAAAUGUUAUACGCUAUGAAUAAAAUAAAAAUGAAUAAUUUUCUUUGCUUGUGUCUUUGCUGUAUGUUUUUAUCUUAAUAAAAAAAUUCGAUUGCGCAUCUUAGUAGCACCACCACGAUUGAAUAUCCAUUCACAAACUCUUAAGUAGGACCUAUGGCUACCGCUGCAGCGUAUUGCUUAUCUAAUUACAUUAAAAGCGUUCAUUUUCGUCUUCCAACCGAUUACUGGUACUACGUAGUAGGGCAACCUUUAUUUUUAGUAGUGAACAAAAAUUAUGUGUGAUAUACACGUUUUAAAGUCGUUUUAAGAGCUUUUCAAAACUACUUGGCCAUUUGAAAUACCUCGAUUAGAAAAAAUUUAUAAAGAUAAACAAAAAGUUUGAUUUUUCACAUGUCAUUGAAAUGCAAAAACAAUGACCCAUGAGCACAUACUUAGACUUGAGAUAAAAAAUCGAAAUUUUGAGAUAAUUUCCCUUUUGAUAAGUACUAUCUAAUAGUAUACCUGGAAACAAAAAAACACCUGAAUACAUAUUGUAAUACAAUCCUUAAUAACAACGGUAGAAGAGAAAAAAAUGACCAUAUUUCGUCUUCCACUAAAUUAAAUAUAAUAUACAGUUUAAACGGUGUUACCAUUACAUUCAAUGCAACCAAAGAACUAAACCAAUAAUAUUAACUAUUUUGUAUGGUUAUCCAAUUACAAAAUAUUAUUAUGCUUAAUCAUUGUUAAAUAAAUUAAUACAAUUUUAGUUUAAACAAAUAAAUCAAAAUGUCAAUCUAUUAUUACGAUUUAUCAAUUAUAUUAGC